ACCAUCAAAAAAAGUUUUGCCAAAGGAAAAAAAACUUCACCAGUGAGGAAGGGAAGAAAGCAUCUACUUUAAGAAUGGAAGCGGUUUCGUUUAAGCUUUUGUUAUUGGUUUCUCUACUUGUUGCUGUCAUUCAAAAUGGAGUUAGCAUUCAUAAUAAUGAAAGUUUUCUCAACCAAAACUCUCAUACACCCAAAAAACCAAGAUGCAGCGGCUGCCAUGGUGGUGGUGGUGGUGGUGGCCGUGAUGAACGCGGUCCACCACCUCCUUGUUGUAAAAAGGAUAGUGAUUGUAAGCAGCCUUGCCCAUAUGGUGGAGGUUUUUGCAGCAACCAAUGCGAAUGCCUUUGUAAAAUGGUUAACGUUAUGGAUAAUAAUAAUGUUCAUUUCCAACAGAUACCGAUUGCAACAUGAAAUGUUCAAAGCAAAGGGUAUUGCAAAUUGGCAAUUUAAAAGAAAACUCGGUUUGUACAAUUUCGCAUAUGAUGAAUGCUUCUUAUUAAUAAAAAUAAACAUAUGAAUAUUUAUUUC